UACACCAUUAGAUGUAGAGAUUCUAAGAGAGAAGACUGUACAUACAAGGCUCAAGGGGAAAUUGGCAAGUUGCAAAAAUGAGAGUCGCAUUAGCAUUAACUACACUAAUCAACGUGCUCAUAACAAAUGCCCAUGGCGUCGAUGUAUCAUGUGGGAACAACCCAGCAGAUAUAGGGUUUGUGUUGGACUCAUCUAGCAGCAUUUGGCCUCCCCAUUAUUCAAUGAUGUUGGACUUUGUCAAUUCAUUCAUUGAUUCCUUUCAAAUAGGCCCAGAGAAAGUACAGAUAGCAGCCAUCACGUAUAGUGACCGUGUCCACAAGGAAUUCUUUUUCAAUGAGUUUACAGAAAAAGAACCUUUGAAAAACAGAGUAUCCGCAAUAACACAAAAAUUGGGCGGGACUCAGACAGCACAGGGGAUCGACUUCAUGAGGACAAAGGUGUUCAAACAUGCCAAUGGAAUGAGAGAUGGCGUUCCUCAUAUUGUAAUCGUGAUCACAGAUGGAGUCUCCAGAAGACCAGAAGAUACUAAAGAAGCCGCAAAGAAAGCUAAACAAGAAGGAUUGAUGGUGUAUGCUGUUGGAGUAGGAUUAAAGGUUGACGGGAAUGAACUUGCAGACAUUGCCUCUGAUCCAAGCUACGUCUUUGAAGUUGACAAUUUCGACGCUUUAAACGAAAUCAAAGAGAUUCUCGCGGUCAAGGUUUGUGUAAAAGCAUGUGGCGAAAACAGACCAGCAGACGUUGUCUUCCUCGUAGAUUCAUAUAAGAGUGGAGACUCGCAUACCAAAAAGUCACUGGACUUUGUCGGUAACCUUUCAAAGCAGUUUGAAAUUGGAGAAGAUCAGAUUCGUGUAGGGCUAGUUCAACAAUGCCUUAUUGGAGGAUUUCCUCUAAGCCAGUAUAUGAGUAGAGAUGCCCUCGAGCAUGACGUUAAACAAGUACAAAUACAUGACUUUGCUGACGUCAUGGAACACAUGACCUUACGUAGUUUUACUGUUGAAGAGGGAAGUCGACCAUCCGCAAAGAAAAUAGCAGUCGCCAUUUUAGACUCUGCUUUUCCUGACGAGGAAAGGGUGAGAAUUGCAGCGGACCAGGCCAAAGAAAAAGAUAUAGAAAUAUUUGUUGUUGGUGUUGGUGCUGGCGCUUCCUACAGAGAGUUGACCAUCGUUGCAAGCUCACCGUUUGAAGAUCACAUCUUUGAAGUCGAAUCAUACGAUGACCUUCCAGAUGUCACUGAGAAAGUGAAGCUUAAUGUAUGCAAAGAUCUAUGAUCGGUUACCGUUAUCCCGUAACUACAAAAAAUGAAGACCUAAUACAACAUGGUACAUCUGAGAUGCAUAACACAGCAUCAAUAGUAGUGUGUAAGACUCUGUGAACAUUAUACUAUGACAUAUUUGAGUAUACAAUAUAAAAUAACUUUGCAAAACUUAAGUCUUCCUUUGUAUA